AUGUAUAUCAAAGCCUCGGCCCUGCUCGCCACGGUGGGCUACUUCUCUGUCGCCAUGGCCGGCCCUGUUAACAACAACGGAGCCUCGCCGACAGUAGUCGCCACGUCUCCUGCUGCCACUGCCGCUGCCGGCUUCGGCAUUGCCGCUAUCGGCGAAGAUGGCGACAUGCACACUUUUGAGAGUGGUUUCGCAUCGACCUGCCCGACCGUCGUCCUCGACGGAACCGGCGUCAUGGGCAAGUCCACGCUCCGGGGCGAGUGCCGCACUUUCGACGGCCGCCUGCGCACCUCCCGGCUCGACUUGAACCACUGCCUGAACAACGUCAAUGGGGUUAUGAACCCGGCUAAAGACGGCAACUUCCGCCCCACGUGCUACGCGGCCGACGCAACGCUCAUUGUCAACACCAACUAUGUCUCAUACUGCAUCGGCUGCCGCGACUUCAACGGUGUCGAAAUAAAGAACUGCGUCCCCCUGCACGAUAUCAUUGGCAACAUCGACGGCAGACUGACGUGCUAUGACUACUCGGACUCUUCUGGCGAUCCUUACUAA